UUCACUGCCGAAACUGUUUCGAAUAAACAGUUACAAUUUCAUUUGGCCACCCCUAAUUAGGAGUAAUAAAAUUUAAGGUGUGUUCUUGUGUUGUAAAUGGUAUUAGUUCACGAGCAAAUAUUCUGAAAAAGAGAACGAUUUUAUAUUUUGUUUAUUAUUGUUUUGUCGCUAUGAAGAAGACGCUGUGAGAGAGUCCAAAUUAUAAAUAGCAAAAUGAAUAGUAGUAUAUUAAUAGAAGUGGAGUCCUCGUUCUAAUGGAAUGCUAUGAGUUUUUAUAAACGUUUGCCUGCUAAUGUUUGAUAAGUACUGUCUUGAGGGAUGUUUUUCAUUGAUCGCCAUCGGUAUGGAGCAGCACUUAAGUAGCCUGUGCAGAUGGCCAGAGGUUUGCUAAAUAAUGGAAGAAGUAAACUGGAAGAGUCUUGCACUGGAGAGCCAGUUACAAUUUUAUGAAACUCUUGGGUCAAGGCCAUAUGAUGAGAUUGAAAAAUCCGAUUUGUUCUUAUUGAAAAAGAAAGUUGGCUUUGCUACAUGUGGAAGUCCGAGUGAACUUCCCAACUGUUCCAAUUAUAACACAGGCUAUAAUGAAGACCAAUUAUAUCAUAUAAAGUCUGUGUGUGACCAGAUAAUUAAAAAAAGCGAUCAUGACCCUAUCCGUUUUGCUUGUACAAAGUUGAUUCUUUAUCACAAAAGACAAGUGUGUGAUUCAUCUGUCUUUAGAAUUAUUCAAAAAUCUGGUAACAUUUUCAUAGAUGCACAUGCUAGAGUGUACGAAAAUUGGGAUCAUUUUAUGGAAAAAAAUGUUCUUCCAGAUUGUGAAUACUGCUAUCCUGUUAAUGGAGAGUACAAUUGCGAAAAUGAAUGUUUAAUAGGCUUUGCAUAUUCACCAGCAAAGAAAAUAGUUAGCAAAACUGCAAGUUGUUUAGACACAGUUGGAUCUGUUGCAUCUGUGGCUGCAGCUUCUGUAUUUGCAGCAAGUUUAUGUGUUUCUAUAGCACCAGUUGUUAUUACUGCAGCAGGAACCACAGCAGUGUGUACUGGUGUGUACAGUGUAUCAAGAAAUGUCUGCAAUCUUUAUGACCGCAAAAAACAUGAUCAAUCGAUUGCGUUGAGUGAUAAAGAAUCACGAUCGUCCUGGAUAUCUAUUGCAUCUUCUGCAGUUGGUGUUGCAACAUUUGGAGCUAUUACAAAGGCGAAAAGUGUUGUUGAGAGUGGGAAAUCUCUAACAAAAUUAAGCUUUUUUGGACUUGAAGCUUUAAAUGCAACCUCUGUGGUUUUCAGUGGAUACGGUUUUGUAGAAAAUUUCAUUAUUUGUUCAAAAAAAUAUAGAAAGGGAACUCUUACUAAAAAGGAUGUUUUCGAUCUAUCGUGUGAAUUACUGUUUCUCUUCAAUGCAAUUGCUUCUGCUAAAUCUACAAGACAAUUAUUAAAUAAUAUGUCUGCUGUGGCUACUGAAACUCCAGUGAAUCAGAAAAAACUGACAAAAACUCAAAAAAGAAAUCUGCUAAAAAGAGCUGCAAAGAGGAGAGCAAAAGGUCUAGUAAGUGUUAAACCUAACGAGUCUUCUUCAACAGGAAUUAAAACAACCUUGCAGUUGUUACUUUUUGAAGCUGUAAAAUCAUAUAGCCCAAGAAUAGAAGAUAUUCUUUAUUUCUUCCAGUCUAUUGGACACGACAUUGCCUGUUGGAAAAGAAAUGAAAUGUCCAAUUUUGCAUUGUUUCGAAAUCUAUCCAGAAAAUUAGUACACUUAUACAAUGAAUAUAAGCAUGAAAUCGCUGAAGUGUUCAAGAAAGUGGUUAAAUAUACAUCUGUAACAUUGGACAAAGUUAAAAGGGACAUUCACAUUUGGUGUGAAAAAGCCUCUGAAGAAAUAAGAGCAACAUUCUGUACCAAAGUAAUUAAUAUAGAAGAUCAGCUUGAAGUUUUAAUUAAUGAUGCAGAAAGUGACAUUAUUGCACUUCAGGACAGUUUGAAAAUAGAGUGCUCUAGCAGUUCACCCGAAACGAAUAGAGAGGAAUAUGAUGAUAUGGAUGACACGAACUUGAGUCAAGAAGCUCAAAAUCUGCUAUCUCGGUGUGGUGAUGUUUUAGAAUCUUCAUCUUUGUCAUGCAAAGAUCUUGAAGAAUUUGGAAAUUUAUUUGAUGCAGUGAAAUUCACGGUUGUUAAUGAAUUCAAGAACAAAGUUGCAACCUAUAAGGAAGCGUUAGAAGCGGCAAAAUUUGUUUCAGGAGAUGGUUUUGAUUUAAACAAAUAUCACUGUAAGCUAAACAUCAGUGAAUCUGUUGGACAGCACAUGUUUAAUGAGACUUUGAGAAAUUUAACAGAUGACAGCCUUAUAUACAAGUGCAAGGAUUUUCUGAGAAAAAUAGAAGCAAGGCCUACUCCAGUAUGGGAAGGAGUGAGUGAAGGAAUGUUCCUUUAUUUUGGGCCUCAUGGAUCUGGAGAUCUUUCAGAAUUUGAAUUAUUGCCAAUUGUGAGCAAAGUUGUUAAGAUCCCUCUUUGUAACAAAACUUGUAAUCUAUUGAAAAAUGAAAAUGUUGCAUUGAUUGAAAUUAAUGAUAAUCCAGACAUGAAGAUAGUUUGUUGUAGAAUAACUGAAGAAAAUACUGCUUCUGUUGUGAUUAUGGUCAUAAAGUGAAAAAGUAAACUCUAGAACCUCCAUACAUUUUAAGUAUAUUUAUAUUAUCUAAUUUAAUAUUAUCUGUUUUCUGUAUUUUUGUGUGCCUUGUUGGCCCUUAUUUGGUUUAAGAUAACUCCAUAUCUAAUCUAAUCACCCCCAACAUUUUAAUGAAAUGUCACGCACCAUCUCUGAUUUGCAUGAAACUUUGCACAUUUGCUUAUAGUUAUACCCUAAGAAACCUGUAAAAUGUGUUUUACUAGGAUUUAUAUUUUUUUAGUAGAAUUUUUAAAAUUUCAAUAUGAUGAUGAGUAGGUUCCACAGACUUGUUUGUGGAAAUGAGUAAUAAGAUCUUUUCCGUUAUACGUAUAUCACUAUUAAAAUAGAAUUUUUUGGUCGUUUACUUGAGGAUUAAGUAAAAAUACGACUGCAAUGGUUGUAAUAAGUUAUUUUAAAGCAGGGUUCUGUAGAAGCGGAUUUCUUAUCUAGUAUAUCCUUAUCUCUGUCUGCGCGAUAAGCAAGCCUCUGCCGGCGCGCGCUACCAGUGCGUGUCCAUUCCUUGCAGUAACCAGUUUAUUGUAGCCUACUCUGAACUUUCUUCACCUAGCGUAUGCUCAUAGAAGUGAAGUAGACGCAAUUAAGUUUUUCUAGCAAAAAUCGAUUUUUCAUAAUCCCCGAAAAAAUGCCCGUGGCCACGAUAUGGCUUUAAAUGUAAACUCGAUAAAGUGGGCUUGUUCUAAACGCGAGUGUCGUGAGUACAAAUAUAUUCGUGUCGACACAUAUUUAACCAGUUCAAGACUCAAAUAUUGUUUUUCAUUUACUGUUGGUCAAAGAAAUUAAGAACAAUAGAAUUUUGUGGACAUGAAUUAGAAAUCAACGAUAACACUACAGUUGAUUGGUGUAAUUAUAUGUUGUGCCGACAAUAUUCUACGCAACCCUAAAGUUGGAGGAACGAACGCUACCGUAGAAAUUAAUGAAAGUUUAUUUUCUCGUAAAAACAAUGUUGGACGUGUACUACCACAACAGUGGAUGUUUGGAGGAAUGUGUCGGAAAGUCGUGAGUGUUUUUUGGUAGCCUUUGCUGACUGUUCCGUGGCUCAGCUGUUGCCCAUAAUUAAUAAUAUAUCCGACCAAGAACAACUAUUAUUUCAGACGAGCGGCAAGCAUAUAACGGGAUCUACAAAAUAUGUUAUAAACACUACAGUGAACCAAUACAUACAAUUUCUUUGAUCUUAACAGUGGUGCACACACACACAAACAGUUGAAAGUACUUGGCAUUUGGCAAAACAGCGUAAUAGAUCAGUGCGGGAUCAGUCGUGCAAUGUUAGACUCAUACUUGUGCGAGUUUAUGUGGCGGCGGAGACAAUUGAUUUAUUCAGGCGAUCUAAAAAUUGUAAUAGGCUACGUCUAGUGAAAACAACAUUCGACUACAAAACUUAGCUGCGUGCAAUAAUCAGAGUCCGUGCACCAAUAAAUUUCCACCAGGUCGUACAAAAAAUAUAAAUAAACUAAGCAUUCGCGCAGAUAUUAAGACAACAUUAAAAAAAUGACUACAUGUAAAACAAUAAAGAGUUGACUAGGCCUAAUAGUUACAAAUAGUGUGCAUUACAGUUCAUGUCCCUGAACUAAUUAAUUAAUUAAUAUAUAUAAGACCCUGCACUAAUACAAAUAUAAAUAUAACUAGGCAUGAAUGUGAAUAUUAAAAAUAAAACUAUACAUGCAUUUUGUGAAAGACUACAUCUAUGAAUACAAAACAGUCAUGAUAUGACUUUCUAAUCAGUGCUCAUUAAUCAGUCCAUAUAUCAAUCGAAAGACUAUUGGCAAUCUAAAGGCCAUGCAAUAUACAGAUAAUAACACUAAACACAUGCAGAAAUUAAAAACAAAUUAACUUAAAUAGCCAAGCAGAAGGGAAUAGUCAGAUUCAAAAUAUUCAGUUAGGCUGUAGAAAGGGGUAUCCGAUAUCUGACAACCAGGAUUUUAGGACAGGCCCAAACUUCUGUACCGGGAGCUGUCUAACUGUAAGGGGUAUGGAGUUUAACAUUUUAGUGCCUAUAAUAGGGAAGCAAUAUGAAAUCUUGUGUAACCUAGAUCUAUUUACAUGGACCAAGGCAUUUCCUGGUUUCAUACCUAUGUACACCUGCAUUAGUGAUGUAGUCAUGUUCUUUAUGGUUAAUUGAUAAAAGACCAUAAUUGGUAUAUAUAUAUACAUUGUACACUGUCAUCUGAUGUUAAGAAAACAGUGGUCUACAGUGUUCAAGCAACUGUGCCCCACUUAGUACCCUAAGGGCUUUUUUCUGUAACCGAAUAACUCUCUAAUUACACUGGCAGAGUGCCCACCCCCCAAGGAAAGGGCAGGUCCUUUCCUUUAGACACAAAGGAAAGGACCUGUUCGAGGAAAUACUACACAGUAUCGCCGAGUAUUGGCCUUCUUUGUCGAGUUGAACAGGUAACUAACUUGAAUAUUACGUAUAAAAAUAACGGGAAUGCAUUUGACAGGAUUUUAAAUAGUGGUAUACGUAUAACGGAAAAGAUCCGAGUAAUAUAUUCAAAAGUUAUCAUUGUUCAGGUAUUAAUUAAUAUUUUGAUUUGAAAAUUUCUCCUCAGUUUAAUAGAAGUAUUAAGUUUACAAAAAUUCAUUCAUUUAAGUAGCCAAACUUUUUAAGUUGUGGAAUUUAUUUUGCAUAACGUUAUUAUAAUUCUACAAACCGCUGGGAAGCUGGUAAAGGUAUCAAAUAAAACCUAAGAGUAUAUAUAUUUUUAUUGAUAUGAAAAAACAAAGUAGCUUUUUUGGGUGUUCAAUCUUAAAUAAUAUAUUUAAUACCACUAAAUAAAAGUUAAAUAUUAAGGUGUAUGGUACUUGUGUUACUUAUAUGUAUAUUUUUAAGCAUAUUUUCAAGAACAGUCUCUUUAAGAUGCAAUAUUCCAUCUAAUAUGUAGCUUCUAUCUUAGAGAAAUGUAAUUCUGACAAUUUUACAUCAUUUCAGGAAAGUUUCCAUAACUGGUUGUCUCUGGUACACUGACAAAACAUAAAAUAUUAUCUAAAGGCACAAAGCAACAGUCUUUUCUGAGUUAUUCCAUGUCAAAAGUACCAAUAAAAAAUAGUUUUCAAAUUGACCAUCAGGUUUGGCUAAAACUUUUAUAUAAAAUAUUUAUACUCUCUGAAAUCUUGAAAAAUUCGACUCUGACUAUGAAAAAUAUCCAUCAUUGUUUACAAAAAUUGGUUUCCAUUCAUUAUAUAUUUGUUUUGUAACAAAGAAAGGAGUUGAUAUCAAUUAACUCACAUGUAAUUAUAUCUUCAAAGCAGACUCUACUGAAUGCUAUACGAAUAAUGUUGAAAUGUUUUGGCACCUAUGAUGUAUUUUUAACAUCUCCUGAUCCAUUAUGAUGUCUCUCUUGUUGUGAUGUUCUCACAAAAUUAUGCAUUAAAACAUAUAAAUAUUUAAGAAAUGUAAAAAGAAUUUUUUUUUAAACUAUUUUGGUAGUUUUACUAGAAAAUUAUUUUCCCCCCAAAGGGUAUCAAAUUAAAGCCCAUAAUACCCUCUUUAAAAUUAGUUAUCUCUUAGCUCUCUCCAUAUUUCUGUAAGUGGAUUAAGAUAUGAGCUGUAAAACUGUACUGUUAUGGCAUAAGUAUAAGCAAAUGUGUAGUUUCAUGUAAAUAUAAAAUAGUGGGUGACAUGACUUGAGUGAUGUGUUCUUUUUUGUGUUGAGUAAUGAGUGUUAAAUAUAAUUCUGACAUCUUCUGUGUAGUUAACAUUGAAACCUAAAAGUUGUUUGAAAAUAAAUAAUUAGCUUAACAUAGUAAUUGUUAUUGUCUUAAGUCUUAUGAACUAAAUUACAUUUGUUUAUAUGAUAGAACUUGGUUGAUGUACUCUCUGUUUACAUUGGUUUGAAACCAAUUAAAAACCUACUGUAUUUUGUUGUCUCAACAAAUAAUCUCAUAAAGAAGUAUUGUGCUUGAUAAUCACUAACAUAAGGUCAGGAUAACACUCAUGUGUGGAGGGAGGAUCUUUUCUCAUCCAAGUUGAUUCAAUACAUAUCAAAGAAGUGCCUUCAAAUUCAGAUAUAGAUGUACAAGAAACAUGAAUCACUAUAUUAGGCCUAAUGUUUACAAUAGUAGUUAUUUAGUUUAUUUAUGCUAAUAACAUUCUGGAAUGUAUUUUGCUUUAAAUAUAAUUUGUUCAAAUAAAA